AUGUGUUCCUACAUUGACUGGGAAAUUCGACAAGUAUCAAGAAUAAAUCUUUUAUCGGACGAUCAAGUCUUCGAAGAACUGAGAGAUGUAAUGAAUGGGCAUGGGUAUUCUUGGUACACCAUCACUUAUGGGCUUCAACUACGAUAUCGUCGCAGAUGUUUAAGAUUGGAACAUUUCGAGCCGGGAAAUAUUGCAUACGAGUGGAAUGCACUUUGCGACGAAAGACUUGCUUGGAAAUAUCAUGGACGUCCGUCAUUCAUGAGUCUCAAGUUCAAUCGUGCAUGCUUGGUUAACUUAAAAACCAUUUCAAAUCGAGCGGGGUUAGGAUUCGAAGCAAAACAGAUGACGGAAAAUAAUAUUGAUAGAAGCUUUGCUUUUCCAAUUUACUGUCGGGAAGCCUGA